GCGCCCGGGCGGGGGAGGGGAGAGCUUCCCUCCAUAAAUGGUCCCACCCCUGGGCAAGGUGGCUCACUCUGGCAGGUAGCAACGGGGGAGUGUGCACCUGCCACCAGUCAAGCCCAGCCAGACAGCGAGACAGGCGGAGCGAGCCCAGGGAGUGAGUGAACCAUGGACAAGUUGAAAUGCCUGAGCUUCUUCAAGUGCAGAGGGAAGGAGAAAGUGACGGCUUCAUCUGAGAAUUUCCAUGUUGGUGAAAAUGAUGAGAAUCAGGACCGUGGUAACUGGUCCAAAAAAUCGGAUUACCUUCUAUCUAUGGUUGGAUAUGCAGUGGGAUUGGGGAAUGUGUGGAGGUUCCCGUAUUUGACCUACAACAAUGGCGGAGGUGCCUUCUUGAUACCUUAUGCAAUUAUGCUAGCAUUGGCUGGUUUACCUUUAUUCUUCCUAGAGUGUUCACUGGGACAAUUUGCUAGCUUAGGUCCAGUUUCAGUGUGGAGAAUUCUUCCAUUGUUUCAAGGUGUGGGGAUUACAAUGGUCCUGAUAUCCAUUUUUGUGACAAUCUAUUACAAUGUCAUAAUAGCCUACAGUCUUUACUACAUGUUUGCUUCAUUCCAAAGUGAGCUGCCAUGGAAAUACUGUUCUGAUUGGGCAGAUGAAAACUGUAGCAGAACGCCGAUAGUAACACAUUGUAAUGUGAGUAUAAACAUGACUGAAAUCAUCCAAAUGAAUAAAAGCUGGGUAGAUGCCAACAAUUUUACCUGCCUCAAUGGAAGUGAAAUUUCUCAGCCAGGGCAGCUUCCCAGUGAACAAUACUGGAAUAAAGUUGCGCUCCAGCGGUCAAAUGGAAUGGAUGAGACUGGAGUCAUUGUGUGGUAUUUAGCACUUUGUCUUCUUCUGGCUUGGCUCAUAGUUGGAGCAGCACUAUUUAAAGGAAUCAAGUCUUCUGGCAAGGUGGUAUAUUUUACAGCUAUUUUCCCCUAUGUUGUCUUACUCAUCCUGUUGAUCAGAGGGGCAACUCUGGAUGGUGCAUCAAAAGGCAUUUCUUACUACAUUGGAGCACAGUCAAAUUUUACAAAACUUAGGGAAGCUGAGGUAUGGAAGGAUGCUGCCACACAGAUAUUUUACUCCCUUUCAGUGGCUUGGGGUGGCUUAGUUGCUCUAUCAUCUUAUAAUAAGUUCAAUAACAACUGCUUCUCAGAUGCCAUUGUAGUUUGUUUGACAAACUGCCUCACUAGUGUGUUCGCUGGAUUCGCUAUUUUUUCUAUACUGGGACACAUGGCUCAUAUAUCUGGAAAAGAAGUCUCUCAAGUUGUGAAGUCAGGUUUUGAUUUGGCAUUCAUUGCUUAUCCAGAAGCUCUAGCCCAACUACCAGGUGGACCGUUUUGGUCCAUAUUAUUUUUCUUCAUGCUUUUGACUUUGGGUCUCGACUCUCAGUUUGCUUCCAUUGAAACGAUCACAACAACGAUUCAAGAUUUAUUUCCCAAAGUGAUGAAGAAAAUGAGGGUUCCCAUAACUUUGGGUUGCUGCUUGAUUUUGUUUCUCCUUGGUCUCGUCUGUGUGACUCAGGCUGGAAUUUACUGGGUUAAUCUGAUUGACCAUUUCUGUGCUGGAUGGGGCAUUUUGAUUGCAGCUAUACUGGAAAUAGUAGGAAUCAUCUGGAUUUAUGGAGGGAACAGAUUCAUUGAAGACAUAGAAAUGAUGAUUGGAGCAAAAAGGUGGAUAUUCUGGCUAUGGUGGAGAGCUUGCUGGUUUGUCAUUACGCCUAUCCUUUUGAUUGCAAUUUUGGUCUGGUCAUUGGUGCAGUUUCAUAGACCUGAGUAUGCCAAAAUUCCAUACCCUGACUGGGCAGUUGCUCUAGGCUGGUGUAUGAUAAUUUUCUGCAUUAUCUGGAUUCCAAUUAUGGCUAUCAUAAAAAUAAUUCAAGCUAAAGGAAACAUCUUUCAACGCUUUAUAAGCUGCUGCAGACCAGCCUCUAACUGGGGGCCAUACCUGGAACAACAUCGUGGGGAAAGAUAUAAAGACAUGGUAGAUUCUAAAAAAGAGACUGACCAUGAAAUACCUACUGUUAGUGCCAGCAGAAAACCAGAAUGAGUUCUCAUUUUUAAAAAUAUGUGGUUAUGUAAUGUGAUUGUUUUAGAAUAGAGGGAAUUUUUAUUUAUUUGUAUGUCGAAUAGAAAAAUGUAUAUACUAUGUUUAUAAUAGCAUAAUGAGCUUUUUUUUCUCCAUUUAAGCAGGAAUGUAAUAUAAAAAUGUGAAGCUACUAAUAUUUAGCAAUGUGAUUAUUAUAUUUGUUUUAAGAUUUUCUGUUAACACACACACAUAGCUGCCUCUAUUUCAUAAUAACAUUGUUGUAAUUAUUACCAGAAUAUUUUUCCAAUAUAUUGAAGGCUUUAUUUUGACCUGGUUUAUUUAGAAAAUAGCUAUAUUUUCUAUUAUACAUGUUUUUAACUAUUAGUUGCUUACAUUUUCUUAGCACACAAUCUUUCUUUUCCAUAAAGCGGAGAGACUAAAUCAAUAUAUUGAAAAGAAAGUGUUAAAAUUGAAAGCCUCACUUAAUUAGAAAUGUCAUAUGGAAAAAAUGGACUGUGUAUAUAAGGACUGUAGUUGUUUAAUACUUUUGAUUCAAAUGUCUGAACACUUCAUCUAUUUAUUACUCACUUUUUCUGUGAACUUAGUGGUUAUAUUCUUUAUUUACAAAUAGUGAACUAACACAGAAAAAUAAGGAUUCUAUGGCCAGUAAGUGAUUAAUACAGAAAAUGGAACCUGGAAGCUUUAGUAUUUCUUUCCCCACAAAAUGUCUUCCUUAGGUUACAUUUGGAAGAAAAAUACGACCCAUCUAAUUUCUACUAUUUCACAAAGUUAAGAGUCGUUCAUAAUACACUCUGAAACCUAGGUUUAAUUUCAAAUAGAAAAUAUACUAAUGACAGAAUGGCUUCAAUCAAAUCUAAGAGCUUAUGAUUGAAAUGUAUAGUCAAUAGAUCAAGCAGAAUGAUUUUGUCUUAUUUGAAUAAGUUACUACUUACAGGUGAUAACUUAUUUACACACUUAAAGGAGAUAAACUUGUCAAACUUGUCAAGAAUGAGGGCAGCCAAAUUAGAAAGUCCUAUGUCCCAGUUUCCUUACAAAUAAUAAUGAAAACAUAUUGUAUCACCAGUAGAUUUAUACAUUGAUUAUGUAUCACUGACAAUUCGUUUAACAUCACAGCCUAGCACGAUGAACAUUGCCUAAAUAUGUAAGAAACGUUUCAGUUAUUCUUAAGUUUCUUAACCUGAGCUUCAGAGAAUGUAUGAAACUGAUACUAUAUGUAAUAUUUUUCUAUGUGUAUCUGUGUAUGCAUUUUUCUAAGGAGAGAGUCCAUAGUUUUCAUCAGAAUAUCAAAAGAGAUCUGUGACUCAAAAGUUUAAGAACUACAUAUACUACUGCUGGUUUUUUGUUCUUGGCAAAUGAGGAAUAAAAGAAUAAUUUUAAGCCUUAAUUUCUUACGCAUUUUAAAUUCCUUUUCCUCUUCCUUUUGAUUGAAGAUGAUUAAAGGAGUAAGGGAUUAAGGUGUUUCUUUAAUUUAUACUGGUAAUUUAUUGGGGGGCAUGAAGACAGGUGUCUUUGUAAGCCUUUAAUUGAAUAAUCUCAGUGAAUUAUGUAUAUAUAUAUAUGAUGAACUUGUGUUAGAUAUUUUGAGGGCUUUCUUAGAUGGUAGGUCAAAUGCUUAGUGAAUUUC